AUGGUGGCAAAUACAUUCCGACCCGAGCUGGCCAGCCUUCUCCACAAAUGCAGUGACUUGGUGGAUGCCAGACGCAUCCACAGUUGCAUUUCCCAGAACCCAGCACUGCGGCACGAGAAGUUCCUGGCGAACUUGCUCAUAGGAACCUACGAUCGAUGUGGAAGCAUCAUCGACGCUCGGGCGGUCUUCGAUUCCAUUCGCGUUCCAAACCUUUUCUCAUGGACUGCCAUCCUCGCUGCGUAUGCCCACAGUGGCUGCGUUCACGAGGCGAUGCUCUUGUUCGGUGCGAUGCCGCUGACAAAUGUGGUGGCUUGGAAUGUGAUACUGCUUGCAAAUGCCAAUUCCGGGUACCUGUCAGAAAUGGAAGCGUUAGCGCAGCGCAUGCCGGAGUUUAGCAUUCUUUCAUGGAACACAAAAAUCACGGGUUUUGCAAAUAAUGGUCAGCUGGAGCAAGCCAAGCAUGUCUUUGACGAAAUGGCUGAGCACGACCUAGUGUCUUGGAACGCUCUCCUUUCAGCAUAUGCCUUGAGUGGGCAGCUUGAACAAACAAAGAUAAUCUUUUCGAGAAUGCCCGAGAGGGACGUGGUUUCUUGCGCGACACUGAUGCAAGCGCUGUCUGAAGUACGUGAUGUGGAUAUGGUGUUAGCGAUUUCCUUGGAUAUGCCUGUACAAAACCUCAUGGUUUGUAACUCCUUGCUUGCCACAUAUGGCGAAAGCCUCGAUAUGCGUAAGUCAGAAGCGUUGUUCAAGAGCAUGGCCGAAAGAAAUAUAGUGUCCUGGAACAUCAUGAUAAGUGGUUACUUGAUUAGUGGUGAUUUGGAUUCUUGCAUGAACGUGUUUAGCACAAUGCCAGUAAGAAACUUAGUGUCAUAUAACAUACUCCUUAGAGCAUUUGCCGAAAAUGGGCUUUGUAAAGAAACCGAAAUGUUGUUUACCAAAAUGCCAGAAACUAACGUGGUGUCAUGGACUUUGCUCUUGCAAGUAUAUUCCCAAUCUGGUAAAGUUGAGCAGGCAAGCUGUGUGUUUGAAACUAUGCCGGAGCGGACUACAGUCACCGUAAACUCAAUGCUGACAGCAUAUGCCCGAGCCAGGCAUGUCGAGCAAGCAAAGGUAUUGUUUGAUACCACAGAGGCUCCCGACGUGGUCUCUUGGAACGCCCUCUUAGCGGGUUAUAUCUAUAAUGGGCAUCUUAUGGAGGCGGAGGCCACCUUUGCGAGAAUGCCUGCAAGAAACGUCACGGCCUGGACUGCCAGUAUCGCUGCUUUUGGACGCGCCGGUCACCUCGACCGCUUGGUUCUAGUCUUCGACAGAAUGCCCAUCCGAAACUUGGUAUCGUGGAACACCAUGAUAGCGUGGUGCUCGAGCUGUGGGGAUUGUAAGCGUGCUGCUACGUCGGUUUGGCACGAGAUGGUCUUGGCUGGAGAAGUCCCCGAUGAGACAUCGUUCUUGAGCGCUCUUCUUGCUUUCAAACACUGCGGCGAUUUGGAUGCCGGAUGGCGCUGCUUCGUCUCCGCCAGCCUCGACUUUGGAGUGCUGCCAGGCAAUCCACACUACAGCUGCGUGCUGGAGCUACUCGCAAAGUCCGGGGAGAUGGAGCUCGCCAAGGAUGUGGCCCAGAGCUUGCCGUGCGACCAUGUUGCUUGGACGGCCUUCCUGGCUGCAUGCCAGUUACAUGAUGGGGAUAUAGCCCAAGAGAAACUCUGA